CUUCCUCUAACUCUCCCAAGCCGAGCAAAAGAAUGUUUCUUGGAUAGUUGUUGUCAGCGAGACCAAGCCGCCGUCGUCUCCAUUCAUUUCUUCACGGAGACACCGGGAUGGAAUGCUCUUUAUGAUUUGAUCUUGGAUUAUUGCUGCUGAUUGUUAAUUGUUUUCUACCGCUCUACAUUACGCUUGAAGUGUCUUCUGAGCAAGGUGAUGGGUCUAGAAAAGAAUCCUCGUGUAUUUCUAGAUGUCUCAAUUGAUGGGGACCCUGUGGAAAGAAUUGUUAUUCAGCUUUUUGCUAGUGUAGUUCCUAAGACAGCGGAGAAUUUUCGGGCACUUUGUACAGGUGAGAAGGGCGUUGGAGAAUCAACUGGGAAACCUUUGCAUUAUAAAGGAACAUCCUUUCAUCGUAUAAUUAGAGGUUUUAUGGCUCAAGGUGGCGAUUUUUCUAGGGGUAACGGCACAGGUGGAGAAAUUAUUUACGGAGGCAAAUUUGCAGAUGAAAAUUUCAAGCUAACACAUGAUGGACCUGGCUUUCUUUCUAUGGCUAAUAGUGGUCCUAACACAAAUGGAUCUCAGUUCUUUAUUACAUUCAAGCGCCAACCUCAUCUUGAUGGGAAGCAUGUUGUUUUUGGAAAAGUUGUCAACGGAAUGGAUAUUUUAAAGAAAAUUGAGCAGGUGGGAACAUCUGAUGGUAAACCUACCCAGCCAGUGAAAAUUAUUGAUUGUGGUGAAGUCUCUGAAACAAAAAUUCAGCAUACUGUUGAGAAGGAGAAAGGGAAAAGGAGAAAAUCAGGGAAAUCCCAAACUUCUGAUGAUAGUUCUGACAAAAAAUUAAAGGAAAAAAGAAAAAAAUCUUCCAAAGACACGAGGAAGAGAAGGAGAAGAUACUCAACAUCUGAUAGUGAUAGUGAUAGUUAUUCCUCAGAUUCUGAGUCAGAUUCAGCUUCAGAUUCUGAAUCAGAUUCAUCUGAUUCUGAUUCUAGUUCCUCUAGUUAUGGGAAACACCAGAAGAGGAGGAGAAAUCAGCGCAAGCAUGGGAAGAAGAAGAAAAUUGGACGAAAGCAGCUAAAGAGAAGCAAGCAUGGUAGAAGUAGAAGAUCAAAACAUAAGUCUAGACGGAGUUCUGAGGAUUCAAGUGAUACGGAAAGUGAUAGCUCUAGUGCCAGUAGCUCUGGUGAUGAGAAAGCUGAUCGUCAUCGCUCAGGUCGUAAAUCACAUCCUGACAAUAAAGCACAAAAGAAUCUAGACACAGGAAAGCAAUCUUCUAGCCUUCCUCGACAAAGUCAAACUAUUCCUGAACAAAUAAUGGAUCCCAAGGUUAGAAGAACUGUGGAUAAACAAUCACAUGAAGAAGGUGAAUUAUCGCCAGAAAAUGGUGCUUUUGUGAAUAACGGGCAUGAUACUCAAGCUGAAUUUAGUAAACCUGCUAAGCAACAUGCUAAUUCCGAUGAUUCAAAUCACAAUAGAGGUGCAAGUCCUGGAAGAAGUCCUACCAGGGAUUCUGGUGAGCUAAAGCAAGGACAUCCUCUGUCAUUGGCCAGUCCUGGCCAUAAAGCAUCUGAACCUGCUGUGCCCCAACAUGGUCAAGGGUUUUCAAAAAGCCCUUCACCAAAUGGCAUGCCUAAGCGUAUUAAAAAAGGACGUGGCUUUACUGAGCGUUAUGCCUUCGCACGCAGAUAUCGAACUCCAUCUCCAGAGCGGUCUCCUCGUACAUAUCGUUAUGGUGAUAGAAAUAUAAGAAGGAACUUCGAUAAUAGAAACACAAGCUACAGAAGUUAUUCUGAGCGCUCUCCACCACGGCGUUUUCGAAGCCCACCAGGGGGAAGGAGUCGUCAAAGAUACGUGAGCAGAAGAAGUCGGAGUAGGAGCAUCUCCCGGAGUCCAGUGCGUGGGCGUUUUAGAGAUCGUGGGCGGAGCCGGAGCCGGAGUCCAAGACGCAGUCUUAGUCCAGAGGACAGGCGGCCUCCCAUAAGUGACAGAUUAAAAUCCCGACUUGGCCCAAGGAGUGAUCAACGACCGGCAGACAGGGGUCGGUCAAGGUCCAAGUCUAGGAGUUCUGGCUCCAGAUCCCCUGAUGCUACCCCACCAAAACGAUAUGAUAAAAGGACUUCCGUAUCUCGUAGCAGGUCUAGAUCCAGCUCUUCAUCCGGUCAAAAGGGUUUAGUUUCUUACGGAGAUGCUAGUCCUGAUUCUGGGGCUAGGUAGGUAUAAUUAUGCUCACUAAAUUCCAACUCUCAAAUCUCAGCAGGACCUGAAAUUGCUAUACAUUCUAUAACCAAUCUCAAGAAGAGUUAUGUUGGGAAUUUUGUCUGUUUAUUUAUUCCGAUAUCCUUAUAGUGGACUUCUGAUAUUGGUCCUGAAUUCAGUCAGUCAAGUAUUAUUGUGCAUUAGCUUAACAACGAGCUUUUUAUGUUAGUUCAAGAAAGUUAUCGGUGCCAAAAAUUGAAUGAUGCCGUCUUAAAUUGGAUCUGGCGUUUGU